AUGUCUGCGCCUCAGCCCGCAAGUGCGCUCGAACAGCGCAUCUACGACCUCUUACGUCCCUUCCGCAACGAGUGUUAUGAAGAAAUCGAUCCUGUAGACCAGGUCGCAGCGACCAAUCGAGCAAUUAAGCUUGAGCGUAUUGUCAUCGUUCUAGCUCAAAACAUCGCCUUCCUCGCGCACAAUCAUAUUGCGAAUACCGAAAACAACAUCAGUACCUCCGAUAUCUUUGUGGUUACAAGAGGCUGGGCGGGAGAUGGAGUGGCUACGACUGACGGUGCCAUCGCUGUUUUGGUGCGUUAUCCAGAAGGGUUUAUGGGUGUUGUCAAGGCUACAUUCGAGGCCAAGGUAACUAUCGUCGAUGCAUUGUGUACCAAAGUUGACAAGAUGAUUGCUGAGAACUUCUGA